UGAUCUGAAGUGCUUUGUGAGGGAUCAGUCAGCUGGGACUCGGGCAGGUGGUGUGACAACAUGUUUUCCUGGGGUGAGGACAGUCAGAGGGGCUUCAGGCUAAAAGAUGGCUCAGAAACGGCCCCCCCUACAGCAGAGGGGCUCCAUCAUCUUCAGCUCGGGUAUCAUAUCACGGCUCUGUCUGCGGGGCGCACUGUGCUCGCUUUCCUCAAAAGUAAUGGCAACGCGUUCAUCAUCGCCAUCAGAGAGAGCCCAGCUGGGAGCAGAGUGAGAGGAAAACAGAAGUUUGUGAAGUUUAAAGACAAGAUCAAGACUGUGAGUUGUGGAGAUGAUACGGUCACACUGCUGUCCAAGGGAGGACAAGUUCUCUGUGUGGACAGAAAGCUCGUUCCAAGGCCUAUGCAGACUUUGUGUGCAGUUUCUCAGGUCGCCUGUGGGAGCCAUCAUUCAGUCGCCCUGACCAAAGAUGGUCAGGUGUAUACAUGGGGCCAGGGCUCCAGGGGCCAGCUGGGUCUGGGGGAGAGACAGCCCAGCACCGAAUCCCCCCAACACCUGAACUCUCUGUCAGCGGUCCCCCUGGUGCAGGUCGCUGCAGGGGGGGGGCAGAGCUUCCUCUCUGUCUCUGGAGCGGUGUUCAGCUGGGGCAGCAACCACUGUGGGCAGCUCGGCCUGGGAGACACUACAGACAGACAUACACCCACUCCUGUUCAUUGUCUGAACUUGAAGAAAACUACCCACAUUGCCUGUGGAAAGGCCCACACGGCCACUUUGACAAAGACAUCACACAUUCGGUGUUGCACAGGACUCCAAGAGGGUCUACUCCCUUUGGGUGUGGAGAGAGCAGGGGCAAGCUGGGACCCGGAGAGGAGAGUCAUCCGUCUGUGCCGCUACCUGUUCAACUGCCACAGGUUUCCCAGACUUCACCCAAAGUACUGUGGCCUGAACCUGCCACUUGCACAACUUGCUUUCCACAAACUGGUAAAGAAGGACAAUGUGUUUGCAGAGGUUGAGGGUGCUCUCUUGAACUUGCUCCCCUCCCUUGAUAAGCAGCCAGUGGGAGUGGAGGGGUUGAGGAUCUUCCUGAUUCUCAAUGAGCUCCUGCAUGUGAUCCAGAACCACAAACCUCCACUAAAGAGCAUAAAGCUCGCUAAGGCGAUCGCUGCUGCUAUACUGAACUUGUCUGCUGGCAGCCUCCAGGUCAUAGGGGACUGGUGGUCCUCACUGCCAUCCUCCACCAUGAGGAAACAUGUUGAGGUAUGGAAGCAGGCCCUCUCAGUGAUCCUGUUCAACGAACCUGUGCAUCGAAGCUCAGAAGUCAAAAAUCUGCUACUAGUCCUCCAGUUGAUGUACAACGUCAACCACAGGAUUGCAGAACCUCAAAAGAUGCCAGAAAGUGAAUUUUGUUUGUUGUUGACAAACGAGACAUUUUAUCUUGAGGAUUGGCAGCUUUGGCGUUUCGGAUCAUCAUACAAGAAGAAUACUGAGCCACUUAUCCUUUGCAGCUUUCCGUCUGUGAUGGACCUGGAGUCGAAGAAGUAUGUUUUUGACCUGAAUGCUCAAUUCACCAAGACCAACGAAAUGGCUCAUAUUUUUGGGGAAAUCCAAAGGGAAUUCGGAUUCCCUAUGCCUAAAGACCCUUUUGUAGUGAAGGUGAGGCGAGGAUCAGUUUUGAAAGACACCUUCGAAUAUCUGGCUUUUACAACUCCGAGUGACUACAAGACUCCACUGAUGGUUUAUUAUGAUGGAAAUUUGCCCGGCUGGAACGAUUUCUAUGGCUACGUGAAAGACUUUUUUUACGAAGUGUUUCACGAGAUGGUUUCAGCUGAAACCGGGAUGUUCAUGUACAAUGACUCCAAGACACUGGCAUGGUUCCCAUCCAAAGCAGCACCAGAGGACCAGAGGUACCUACACUUUGGGGUUCUGUGUGGAUUGGCCUUGUACAACCAGUGUAUCGUUCACUUACCCUUCCCACUGGCUCUGUUCAAGAAGCUGCUGGGUGUGAGGCCUUCACUGGGGGACAUGAUGGAAUUCAGGCCCUGUGUUGGAGAGGGUCUGAAGAACAUUCUGGAAGACUACACAGAUGAUGAAAUAGAAAUCCUCAACAUGGAUUUCUCAAUCAACUGGGAUGGAACAAACGUUGACCUUGAUCCUCACAAUCCUGAGAAGCCUUUGACAGGUCAAAAUAGGAAGGAGUAUGUGGAAGCCUACGUGAACCAUGCCUUCAACACAUCAGUGGAAGGUGUGUUUCAGGAGUUCAAGCGGGGCUUCUUCCAGGUGUGUGACCAGGAUUUGGUGAAGCUGUUCCGACCACGGGAGCUGCAGGAUGUGCUGGUGGGCAAAGACUUCAAUGACUGGGCCAGGCUGAAACAGGUCACAGUUUAUGAGGGGGAGUACGACACGACCCCUCUACACCCCACCAUACAGAUGUUUUGGGAGGUUUUUGAUGAUCUAACGGAGGAUCAGAAGAAAGCUUUCCUUUGCUUUGUGACCGGAUUUGAAAGGGUGCCUAUUCUUGACCUGGAGAAGUUCAAGAUGAAAAUCAGAGAUGCAGAAGUCCAAGGCCCCCCUGACCAGUUCUUCCCCAACGCAGAUACGUGUUACUCGGACCUGGAGCUGCCCUUCUACUCAACCAAAGAGAUCAUGCAGACCAGGCUGACCGAGGCUCUGAGCAGCAACAAAAUCAUCUUCAAAGAAGCUGGGACUGAACUCUGAUGGUGUCUGGUCUGAACAGAAGACUUAACAUUGUCAUACAGCACUUUGUAAACCAAGAAGCAGCCUUUGUAGUAUUGCUACUAUACCUGUUUCUUAACAAACUGUAUGGCUGAGAAAUUCUUGAUAAAUAGGAUGUAUUGUGUGGUGGGUUAAUAUCAGAAAUCCUUCCCUAAUAGCAAAAACGCUGUUAUACAUACUCCAUUUUGAUUUGUAUGUAUAUAUGCAUAUUUCAUAAAAACGCCCUAUGUACAUAUUUAAGCAUGACAUGAUCUUCUAAGAUGAAUAAGGGUGUGACUUUGUUGUAUUAUUUUGGUAAGUUAACCAUGUAACAAAUGUUACAUACAAUAUGUUUAAACAUAAUACUCCUUUGUGUUCUGGAGACUUUUAUUGUUGAGUUAAGUUUUUCAAAACCUUAAUAUAGGAAUCAUUUGUUAAUUAACAUUAUACUGUAUGUUGAUGCAAUAAAAAUGACUUCCUACUGUG